AUGGAAGAAAACUUUGGAAUCGUUUGUGGAGUGUAUUUAAUAGUUAUUUCCCCCCAAGGUUCAAGCACUGUCUUCCUGUUGGCUCUGACAAUCAUAGCCAGCACCCAGGCUCUGACGCCCACUCACUACCUCACCAAGCCAGAUGUGGAGAGACUGAAAGCCUCACUGGACCGCCCUUUCACAAGUUUGGAAACUGCUUUCUACUCCAUCGUGGGACUCAGCAGCCUUGGUGCCCAGGUGCCAGAUGUAAAGAAAGCGUGCGCCUUCAUUAAGUCAAACCUUGAUCCAGGCAAUGUGGAUUCCCUUUUCUAUGCUGCGCAGUCCAGCCAGGCCCUCUCAGGGUGUGAGAUCUCUAUUUCAAAUGAGACCAAAGAUCUGCUUCUGGCAGCUGUCAGUGAAGACUCAUCCGUUACCCAGAUCUACCAUGCAGUGGCAGCCCUAAGUGGCUUUGGCCUUCCCUUGGCUUCCCAAGAAGCACUCAGUGCCCUUACCGCUCGCCUCAGCAAGGAAGAGACUGUGUUAGCAACGGUCCAGGCUCUGCAGACAGCAUCCCACCUGUCCCAGCAGGCUGACUUGAGGAGCAUUGUGGAGGAGAUUGAGGAUCUUGUUGCUCGCCUGGAUGAACUGGGAGGUGUGUAUCUCCAGUUUGAAGAAGGACUGGAAACAACAGCAUUAUUCGUGGCCGCCACUUACAAGCUCAUGGACCACGUGGGGACUGAGCCAUCCAUUAAGGAGCCUCGGGACGUAGUCACCCAGUGUCUUGAGUUAGGCAUUGAAAAUGAGAAACGGAAAGAUGUAAUGCCUGUCCUCAAGAAACUGGUUGUCAGUGGGAUGGACAUGGAUGUUUUUGAACUAAACUUCAUGAAUGUCAAAUUUUCCAGUGGUUAUUAUGACUUCUCUGUCAAAGUUGAAGGUGACAACCGUUAUAUUGCAAAUAGUGUAGAGCUCAGAGUUAAGAUCUCCACUGAAGUUGGCAUCACGAACGUUGAUCUCUCCACUGUGGAUAAGGAUCAGAGCAUCGCACCCAAAACCACCCGGGUGACCUACCCAGCAAAAGCCAAGGGCACAUUCAUCGCGGACAGCCACCAGAACUUUGCUUUGUUCUUCCAGCUGGUAGAUGUGAACACUGGUGCUGAACUCACCCCUCACCAGACAUUUGUCCGACUCCAUAACCAGAAGACUGGCCAGGAAGUAGUGUUUGUUGCUGAGCCAGACAGCAAGAACGUGUACAAGUUUGAACUGGAUACUUCUGAGAGAAAGAUCGAAUUUGACUCUGCAUCCGGCACCUACACUCUCUAUUUGAUCAUCGGAGAUGCCACUUUGAAGAACCCAAUCCUUUGGAAUGUGGCUGAUGUGGUCAUCAAGUUCCCUGAAGAAGAUGCUCCAUCGACUGUCCUGUCCAAGAACCUUUUCACCCCCAAACAGGAAAUUCAGCACCUGUUCCGAGAGCCUGAGAAGAGGCCCCCCACCGUGGUGUCCAAUACGUUCACAGCCCUGAUCCUCUCGCCCUUGCUCCUGCUCUUUGCUCUGUGGAUCCGGAUUGGUGCCAAUGUCUCCAACUUCACUUUUGCUCCAAGCACGAUCAUCUUUCACCUGGGACAUGCUGCCAUGCUGGGGCUCAUGUAUGUCUACUGGACUCAGCUCAACAUGUUCCAGACCCUGAAGUACCUGGCCAUCUUGGGCAGCGUGACGUUCCUGGCUGGCAAUCGGAUGCUGGCCCAGCAGGCAAUCAAGAGGAUCGCUGCAGAGCAGAGCAGUAGAUUGGCAAAAUAUAGGACACUACGGUAA